AUGAGCAGGCGGCAAGGAUUCGGUGGCGCACUGCGAGCCAAGCAGGGGCCGCAGGAGACUGAGCAAUCAAGGGCUGAUGGCGGAAUACAAGGCUUUGUAGCUAAACGCUCUCUUGACGAGGAACGAAAGCUAGUUCGUGAGCAGCUUAAACAGGUGAAUACCUCUUGGACCAGCUAUAAGGCAUACGAGCCAUCGUUUACUAAUGAAUUGAAUCGCGAGCUAGCUCAACACGUCGAAGACGAAGUGUUAGACAAGCUGGUAGCCGUCCAAGACCGACUGGAAAAGAUUCGGACACAACGGGAAAGCUCUGGUGUUCUACCAACUACCACGUUGGAGACGCUGCUACAGAGUCGCUUGGUAGUCGAGGCUAAGCGCAAAGUAGUUCCUGCACAAAUCGCGGAAAACACUAUAGCUGCAAUGCGAGCCGCCACCUUGAGCGUAUCAUCACAAAACGAGAAUCGAGUCUCGAGUGCUACGGGACUAAGCAACCGUCAGUCUACCUCGGCAUUCGCUUCUAACACCACCAACAAUAUGCCAAGAAAGCCCCGAGUAAAAACGAGCAGUAUCAUCUCGCCUCGACCACGUACAGUGAGCAAUGAUAUCGACGUAUACCGAAUGAGGCAGUCCUCUGAGACGCUGCUGUGCGUUCAGUUCCCAGCGUCUAGCGAAAUCGCAGCUCCGAGUGGCAACAAAACCGAGGAGGAUGAAGAGCAACACGCGCUUCGUUUUCGCUCACGCCCAGUGGCUCUUUCAGCGAUCGACGAUACCGCUGUAGUCACUACAAAGCGAGAGCCACAGCAACCACGUGUGCGCUACAUCAUGUCCACUCGACUUGGAGCGCUGCCGCCCACGAAGCACAUCUUGGACGAGUAUCCGAUCCCUAAAGAAGUUCUGGACGCACUAGAGCGACAUCGACAUUUCCAUGUGGACGACUCGUCUCCUCUGACUGCUUUCGAGCCCGUUCGACUACCUCCCCCUACUCCAACAGUGCUACACACUUCUACAUGCACCAAUGCCGAGUGCGAGUGCUUCUACAGACACUCGGUCCUUGUAGAACGCUCGCCAGCGUCGUUUGUACUAUCUUCACUCGACGUGGCUCCUGAGAGGCCCCUCCCACCACCUAGCGACUUGUUUCAUCAGCAACAACUCAUUGCUGCUACAACGGAUGAUUCUAUUUUACUACACGAAGUACGUCAUCUGUAUGACAGCACUCACAACGCUCACCGUGACUUUCGAGCAGGGCUUCAUCGCCAUCUCGACCUUCAGUAUCUAGUAGAUCUCUCGUUCCGAAGCUCAUUAACCUCCUCGAGCUACUUUGUUGACGAUGACGACAAUGAAGAACAUGGAGCAAAUACACUUCCAAACGUACAGAUUCCAGCUCACUUGCGUCGUCACCGAAUCGUCAGCACUGCAGAGAGUGACGCUGGUACUUCUACCAAGUGGAAAUUCCUACAAAACGGAGUGCAUCGUAUGGCUAACCGGCGCGGAGCUAUCUCUAUCGCUACGAAAAGCGAGGCGACAGUACGGGCCCAACGCAGUGACCUCCUUGUCCAGCUAUGUACGUUAACUCCACAGGACGUUGAGUUUCUGUCACUGUGGUAUGGCUUCAGUCCAGACGCAGAGGCGGAAGCUAUAGCAGCAGCCACUAAAGACUGCGAAGGCGGCGUGCUUUUAGACCCAGUUCCCAUGAAUCCACAUUGGAGCAUUCGGUUCGAGUUGGCAUGGAAGCAGUUGUCACUAUCGACAAACGACCGGCUGGAUUUGGCGAUCAAAUACUCAUCGCUUGCGUAUUCCACUCGUCUACCGGACGCUGUGACUCUGUGGGAGACUGCAUGCGCUCUCAUCACGGAGCAUGAAGACUUGCUACGAUUGAUAAGAUCGACUGUCGGAGGUCCUCGAAGACACGCUGGUGUCAGUCUUACUGAAGACACUGCUAUGCUACAGGCUCUUAUCGCUAGUGCCGAUAACGUCCGCGAGAUCCUGUUGCUUACAUACACCGAAGUGGGGGAUUUUGUCACGUAUCAUGGUGACUUCUACUUGACAAAAAUGGAGCACGACGCAACCGAGAUUCGGAGAUUAAUGGAAGAAGGCAACGACGCCAACGCUAACAAGCUUCAGUCUCCCAUAUAA